AUGAGUAGUGCUAGAUGCAAAGGUCCAAUGUGCACAUUCACUGGACCGGAGCCAGGUGCUGCCAAAGGUAAAUGCACUGACACCGCUGGCUACAUCUCCAACGCGGAGCUGAAAGCCCUCAUGCACUCACACUCAGGAGACGUGGAAAAAUGGCAUGAUGCCAAAACAGAUAGCGACUAUAUGAUCUUUGACGAUACGAAUUGGGUCGCAUAUAUGAGUGAGGAGACCAAGCAAGGACGAACUGCCAAGUACAAGUUAAGAGAUUUGGAGAUCAUUGAAUCGUGCGACAAAGAGUACAACUCAAUUGACGCCAUUCCCUCGUCCACCCCCGGUCACUGCGUUGCCCCGUACAUUCUACUGUCUGUGGCCGUAAAGGACUACAAGGAAGUAUCUAAGGACUAUGACGAUAAGUUCAAGUGGUACGUCGAUUGGGUAAAGGAGGGCAUUGACGCGGCCUUAUACACAUUCAUGAAGGUCAAAUCUGGUGAAGGCAAUAAGUAUAUGGAUUGCGAGUGGACAGCACCCAACAGCAAGGGUUCAGGUCCUUGCACUGACGUUGAGCUGCGUGUACCAGUGAAUACUCCAAAGGCUGCCAACAGACGAUUUAUCACGUACAAGAUGCGCGACGAGGAUGGGUUCUACGAGGCACUUCUGGCAAAUCACGGGAUAGAGAAGGAUUGGGUCGAGUGGAAAGACUAUGCAGAUCACGACAUUUGUAUCUGUCCCAACGGUCCACAUGCCCGCGAUGUUGAUGAGAAAGAGCCCAACAGGUUUGCUGCUGGUCCGAUCUGCCCUUGCGAGGCUCGCGCAGGUUUCACCAUGCACAAGAACUACCCGCGUCGCAUCCAAGACACUAGCAAGAUCGACGUUCCGAAUCCCAAGGCCAUCAUCGAAGAGGCUAUUCCGAAGACUGGUGACCUUGCGGAGCUUCUCUAUGAAACAUACAUGGAUUCUCUAAACGAGGAUCUCAAUGCUUCUGGCUCUGAUGCGGUCACAGCGUUCAGCAUGCCUGUCUUCAUGCUUGAAGACGCCAUUAAGUCUAUCAAGUCUGUGAAGGAGAUUGGCGAGAAGCAGAAAGAGACGAAGACUCGCGAGCUGGUCCUUAGUAUCCUCAGCAUCGUUUUCGCAGUCAUUCCUUUCGCCGGGACGGCAGCAUCAGCUCUUGGUGGCGCUGCGAUGAUUGCGCGGGCAGCUCUCAUUAUUGGGGAGGCAGGGAGCGCUGCACUUAGCAUUGUCGACAUUGUCGAUGAUCCAGCGUCGGCUCCCUUCUCAAUCCUUGGCAUGCUUAUUGGCUCCAAGGGCGUGAAGGUGAAGGGUCCUAGAAAGGCCUUCAAGGACGCAGCCGACGCUCGACGAGCCCUGAAGGGAGACAAGCUCGAGGCCUUUUCUCCAGAGUUCAGGCGCAAGGACGCGAUUGUCCAGGCCCUUGUCAAAAAGAGCAAGUCGUGUUCUGCAAAUUAG